CGCCCCACAUUCGUUCCCUGCUUUAUCUAUAGACAAUCAACAUCUCGAAGUUGUCCACACUGUUAAGCUUCUGGGAGUGUACUUGUCUGCUGAUUUAAAGUGGACGACGCAUAUUGACCACAUAUGUUCCAAAGCCAGUAAACGUCUAUUUGCAAUUCGAAUAUUGAAACGAAACGGCGUUGAAGUGUGGGAUCUUAGAAAU